AUGGCCGGGUGCAUGAAUGUGUCGAGCUCCAUUGACGUCGUGACCGUCCUUCUCCUCUCAACCUUCUCCAAUGCACCACCCGAGGGGGGCAGCUGCCCGGCGGCGACCCGUGAGAGCAGCGGCAAGUGCUGGAUGGAUCACCGCUGGCAUUUGGUGCCAACGUUCGCCUUCCUGGCAGCGUCGCAUUUCAACGCUCGCAGCGCUCGCUACGGUGCCUUCAAUCAAAGCCUCUCUCAUUGCGACCGGAAGAUCCGCCUCUGCUUUGCAGACUCUAUGACGCAUCCCUACACGGCUUUCGAGGAGACGCUGCUGCGCGUGCCCCCAAGGCAGUUCGUGCAGUUUGCGCAAUCUCGUGACUUCAUCACUCACUAUUCAGGCACUGCUGCCGCGACUGCAAUAUCGUACAAGGCAACCUCGCCGACGCUCGCCGAUGAGACAUUAUAUCCUUUCUUUGGCCGGACCAUACCGUCAGACAAAUUUGUCGCUGAGUCAAUCGUCCGGCUGUGGCGCGAGCUGAGUCUCAAAUACGCUGCUGUUAUCUACGUAACUGACGAGUACGGUAUUGCCUUCAACGACGCGAUUGUCGUCGCGGCGGAGUCAUCCGAGGUCGACGUGCGCUCCUUCCCGUUUUCCGCCCGCGAGUCGCGGGCGGAAAAGACAGCUUUAACGCAAGCGAUCUCUAGCUUGAAGUUGUGGAAGCCACGCGAGACCACCCCGGUGCAAAACAUCUUACUGAUUGGAUAUGACAACCAUGCCCAAUUAUUGUAUGAGGCGGCUGUCGCGCAGCCGCAUCCGCUGCUAUCGCCUGACUCCCCGGCGCUCGUCAUGCUUGGCGACGGAUUUGCGGCGCCAGACCUGGACGCGAUCCCUCCUGGCAAAGCGAGGGAGGCCGCCAACGGGGCCGUGAGCAUCCGAGCCGUCGGCGCAACCGACGACGGUAAUGUGCACUGGUCCAACUUCGUCGAGGACUGGCCGUCAGCAGAGGCGGAGAGGGAACACCUGAACCGCUACUUGCCGGGCGAAUGGAAGGUCGACGAGGACUUGUUCACUAAUGAGAGCUUCUUCAACCUCAGCGUAUCCGAUCAGGCCCGCAAUACAGCGGCGUUUGCCUACGAUGCGGUUUCGACCCUGGGUCUCCUGGCGUGUGAGGUGCUGCCACGCGGCCCCUUGCCGGCGAACGCGAGCUUUGGCAAGCGCAUGUGGGAGGCGAUGCCAAGCCUUCGCUUUGAAGGGCUCACGGGCCACGUCAGAUUCGACAACGAUCGCAGCCGCGCCAGGUCCAGUUCAACAUUUGAGCUGCUCAACUUUGUUCUCCUGGAGGAUGGCUUCACGGCGAUCCCACGGGGGACGUUUGGCGUACGGCAAGACGUUGAGCAGGUGCACAACAGUCUGAGGUACUCCUUUGGCAGCCUCGGACCCGUUCGCGACCCGCCGAACAAGUCCGAGCCCAGCGAAAAGCAUGUUAUCAUUAUCACUGCUGUCGCGACUAUCGGGCUGAUUGUCUUCCUGGCUCUGUCCGCGCUGCUAAACCGCAAGCUUCGCGCUGCCUCAGAAAAGUACGGUAUCUCGCUGAAAAAGCUGCUCAGGCUCUUUGUCUGGCGCAGACUGCCAAGGUGGUACCAGAAGUGGUACAUGAAGCUAUUCAAGCUCGAUCCCAAGCAGCAGCUCGAAAAGAUGCAAAAGCUGCCGUCGAUGGACCCUUCUCUCGUAGCGGCCCUGAACACGCAUGCCGAGCUGCGCCGCUUGUACGCGCGUUACGCAUCACGCGACGCCGCGAUGACGUUGGACGAUUGGCUGCGUUUCUGCUCAGUCGAGCAGCGCGAGGUCAACCUCGAGGCCGCGCACCUCGCCUUCGCGCGCGUGGCUGCUGGCGACAAGUUCCGCUCGAGUCCAGAAAACCUCUCGGGUCGAUCCUCGGGUUUGAAGUCGCUAUUUGAGUCAUCGCUCAAACCCGGGACUGCACCCAGUGGUGCGGGCAUCCCGGGGCGCAGAUUCAUGAAGAUGCUGCCUCGGACCCGUGGGGCGGGUGCCACCAGCAGCACGGCCAUGCAGAGCAUCGCCAAUUCGCCCGACCGCCUCUCCUUUGAGCACUUUGCGUUGCUCAUCGUGAGCGCGCAAAACAAAGCUGCCUCGCCCGCGCUGCUAAACAAGGCGCACGACAUCUCGCGGCCAAUCUCCGAAUACUGGAUCGCGGCAUCGCACAACACGUACCUCGUCGGCCACCAGCUAACCUCGGAUGCCUCCGCCAAGAUGUACUCCCGCCAGCUCAUCCAGGGCUGCCGCUGCCUCGAGAUUGACAUCUGGAAUGGGAAGGACGGCGAGCCAGAAGUGACGCACGGCUACACCCUCGUUAACAACGUCAAGCUGCGCAAGGUGCUGGAGCAGAUCAAGAAGUUUGCGUUUAAAACCUCCGAGCUGCCGGUCAUACUCUCGCUUGACGUCAACGCGAGUCCCAGGCAGCAGGAGAAGGCAGCAGCCAUGAUCGUGUCCAUCUUUAAGUCGGAUUUGAUGCUCGCUGACGAGAUUGGGGGGACCCACGCGCUGCUGCGGCCGAGCGCGCUUGCGCGCGACGCCAACGUCAAAGGCAAGGAGACGCUUCCGGCCGUCAGACGCGACAAUGCAGGCCUGAGGCGCUCCCUGAGAAUCGUGCUGAAAGGCAGCGCCUACAAAGCGCGUGGUGGCCGUAGCGAUGUCCCUGACAGCGGUCGUGACUUGAGCGACGGCGACGAGUCCCGGCCGAGUGGAGGCGAUUCGCGCUUGGGCAGCAGCGACGAGCAGUCGAGCGAGGCGCGACUGAGCAAGACAGUACUGCACCAGAUGCCACUGCAAAGGAUUGAGGCCGCGCACGCCCUGACGUUUGACGCCUUUUGCUCCGAGGCGAUUGAGAGUAGCGCUGCGGACCUUCUCACAGUCACCUCGGCCUCUGAGCUCAAGUUCACGCCUGCUUUCAGCCAAGAAAAGGAGGGAGCGGUGAACAAGCGUGGCAGUGGGUGCGAUGUCAUCAUGAGCAGCCUGCGGCACAGAUGUAGGGCGCGGACCCGCCGGCAAGGUGUUAUGGUGACGCGCACCAACAUGGAGAACCCGGAGCAGCAGCGAGUGAGCGAUGAGGAGUGGGUUGAGGCUAUGCUUGCACGGACGGCUCGCCGCCUCGUGCGCAUCUACCCUCGAGGCACGCGCACGAAGAGCGACAACUUCGACCCGCUGCCCUACUGGAGUGCAGGGGCGCAGCUGUGCGCGCUCAACUUGCAGACCAACGAUCUGCCGACGCAGCUGCACCAUGCGCUCUUUGAGCUCAACGGCGGCUCCGGUUUUGUGCUCAAGCCGGCCGAGAUGCUCGGAAACGCGCCCCGCUGGCCUCCUCCGCGCGUGCUGCUGCACGUGGCGACGCUGCGCCCGAUCUCGCUCCUCAAUUUGCCGGCGGUCGGCACGGAUAGGCCGGAUCUGAUCGGGCCACGCGCCGAGUCGCACAGGCACUGCAGUGGCCUCUCCAUCGCGCUAGGUCGGUCUGGAAGCGGGUCGCCGCACGUCACCACUGAAACUGGCAAGGGUGACGACGCCGCGGCCACUUCCAACAACCUCCCCUCUCUCAGCAUCGAGCUGCACACCAUCGGUGGCUUCGCGUGUCUCGUGCGCGGAAAGGGUGGUGGCUGCAGCUCUACGCACUUCGAGGGCGAGUUGCACUGCGUCGCGGCGGAGCCGCAGCAAACAGUGCUGCGAGUGGCGGUGGUCGACGAGGCCGACGCGGAGGUGGCGUACGAGACGUCAACGCUUGGGUCGGCGAGCAGCCUAUGGUGA